AUUAUACCAAAGAAUAAGAAGGUGGAUGAUUGUCUUGGCAAAGGAGAAACGCUCACUAACAGGGAUGUAAACACAAUUGGAGAGAAACCAGCUUUUUGUGCAUAUGGAACAUUUCUGGGAUCUUUUAUUUCAGCUCGUGAAACAUGGGACCAACACAUUACAGGUUGCAUUUAUAUUUUUGUUCAUUAUAUAUAGCAAAAGAAAUAGGGUGUAAUGAGUGUCUUUGAUAUAAACGUAUAGGAUACAUAGGCUAAUCAGUACUUGUUACCGAAUUAAACGAACAGUUAAUACCUACUCUUACUGCAAGUAAAAAUGAAUGCAGAAUGCUUGUCCCGGGGCAAUUCAAAAUAUAGGAGGACCAUCACGAUAGUAAGGAAUCAUACACUUUGAAGGGUUUGGUCAUCAUAAGAUUUGUGAUUUAAUAUAUAUAUUGUGGCAACGCGCAAAUAUCAAUCACUCUAUUUCACAGGGCUAUUUAAUUAAUGUCAACAUAUUACGUAGCCUGCAGUAAAAAGAGAUUAGGAAUCCCCACAGCGGGAUUUCCCCAGCUACUAAACUCAAAUCGCGCGAGAAGUGGGAAUCGGGACGGGAGCGCGCUUCGUCUUUGACGGAGCGAGAAUUAUGUUCAGUUUAGGUCCUCUUCAACACAAGAAACAGAUUGGAAUCCGCAUAGAGGGAAAAUCUACUGUAGCUCGCUGAUCGAACGUGUUUUAGGAGUCUGCUGUCCUCAAAGAGACGUCCUCAUAUAUAGUGCACGGGAUAACGUUUGCACAGUUGCACUGCCCGGAAUGGGCGAGAUUCAAUUUAUGUAUCGGUUGGGUCAACAAUAGUUCUCGUUGUAUUGAGUUUUUAGUUUUCAGAGAGGCUCUACUGCCACGCGAAGGAGGAAACCGAAGUUACGACUGGCUUGUUUGUCUCGUAGUCUCUGAAUUCUGCAGGAAUGUCUCACAAGGAGAGACCCACUUUCUACAGACAGGAGCUGAACAAAACGAUAUGGGAGGUCCCGGAGCGGUAUCAAUCCCUGUCCCCGGUCGGCUCUGGAGCCUAUGGAUCAGUCUGCUCGUCGUAUGACGUGAAGUCUGGGCAGAAGAUGGCGGUGAAGAAACUGUCCAGGCCGUUCCAGUCAAUUAUCCACGCUAAGAGGACCUACAGAGAACUAAGGCUCCUGAAACACAUGAAACACGAGAAUGUGAUUGGUCUGUUGGAUGUGUUCACGCCUGCCACCAGCCUAGAGGAAUUCAACGACGUGUACCUGGUGACCCACCUGAUGGGGGCGGACCUCAACAACAUAGUGAAGUGUCAGAAGCUGACAGACGACCAUGUGCAAUUCCUCAUAUACCAGAUCCUCAGGGGACUCAAGUAUAUCCAUUCAGCAGACAUCAUCCACAGAGAUCUGAAGCCCAGUAAUCUGGCAGUGAAUGAGGACUGUGAGCUCAAGAUCCUGGACUUUGGUUUGGCGCGACACACUGAUGAUGAGAUGACUGGUUAUGUAGCGACCAGGUGGUACCGCGCCCCAGAGAUCAUGCUGAACUGGAUGCAUUACAACAUGACAGUGGACAUCUGGUCAGUCGGCUGCAUCAUGGCAGAGCUGCUCACUGGACGGACGUUAUUCCCCGGCACCGACCAUAUAAACCAGCUGCAGCAGAUCAUGAGGCUGACAGGAACGCCCCCGGCCUGUCUCAUUAGCCAGAUGCCCAGCCACGAGGCCAGAAACUACAUCAACUCCCUUCCCCAGAUGCUCAAGAGGAACUUUGCUGAUGUGUUUGUUGGCGCUAACCCACAAGCGGUGGAUCUGUUAGAGAAGAUGCUGGUUCUGGACACUGAUAAGCGAAUCACAGCGUCCGAGGCCCUGGCCCACCCCUACUUCUCCCAGUACCACGACCCUGACGAUGAGCCAGAGUCCGAGCCAUACGACCAGAGCUUCGAGAGCAGAGAGCUGGAGAUAGAGGAGUGGAAAAGGUUGACGUAUGAGGAGGUUUGCAGUUUCGAGCCCCUGCCAUUCGAUGGAGACGAGAUGGAGUCCUGAGGGGACGAGGGUGAAGUCAUUGCUAAUCCCGCCUCCUUCUCUUACUGAACUGUGAGGAAGAAGUUGCAUGUAGACAUUGAUCUAGGGCCAGUUUUGUGUUUCAUCCCCUAAUGGUUUAGGUUAGGAUCUGGGGGUAAGCUGAUCCUAGAUCUGUACUUAGAUACAACUUACAUCCGGAGCACGCAACCUUGUGUGAGGACUAUCAACUCACCAGACUAGUUCAACUCACCAGACUAGUUCAACUCACCAGACUAGUUCAACUCACCAGACUAGUUCAACUCACCAGACUAGUUCAAACAAACAAACAGGAAGCCACGACAUUCAAGUGCCUGCCAUCAUUCAUUUCUGGGGUUAGAGGUCAAGGGUCAAAGGUGACUCCCCCCUACACCCUCCUCCUGCUUGCUGUAAUAUAUCGUCUUUGAUUGGGUCCCUGGGAAGAAUUGUGGAAAUGACUUUGUAAUAUAUUAUCUAGUGUUUGUGUGUUUUAGAGUUUAUUAAGUCACAUUAUUUGCCAAAAAUGACCUAAAUUCCUGGAAAAGGUGCUCAGAUUUUAAUGUUCAAUAUCGAAACAACAAUCACAUGGUUUUUAACCAACAAACCAUGGCACUUACGGAGCUGUUAUUUAUGGUCUGUAGUUUAUAGCCUUUUGGAUAGAAGUCUGUAGGAAAUACAACAGUGGUCAUGACCUGCUCGUCUACGACAAAACCUUGUCUCCGUUGUCAAACUGUACGCUGUUGUUAUGCCUGGCAGGAUUUUAGAUGUGUAAAUAAGGCUGCCCUCUUGUAAAUAACUGAUACUGUGCACCAAUAGUAAUACUGCCUAGAAGUUCCUAUUAUCAUAGAGCACAUAGAACCCUCAAGGCUUAGAACGUUGCCCCUUCGCAUUCCUUUAGGAGAGACUGGCAGGUUCCAUACUCAGAGGGAUUGUUAUUAGAAUGUACACCAGUUUUAACUUUAAUCAUAUAGAAGUUUUGACAUCCAUCUUUUCAAGUCAAUCACCCAGAGAGAGGGGGGAGGGGCUUGGUAGUUUAUUCGCUUAUCCUUGCCUCUUAACUUAUCUAUUUUUCUACCCGUCUCUGUCUGUUUCUUUUUUUCACUCCGUUGUUGUAUCAUUGCCUCCUUGAGCUCUGUCCUGUCCUCUGUGUAGUCUGAUUUAAAAAUGAGUGGAGAGAUUAUGUGACUGUCACAAAAUGUUAUUUAAUAGAAUAUAUUUAAAGUCCUCCAACCCCGUAUUACAAGACUGAUGCUGAAAUCAGAAUGGGUUUUCCCAAGUCUCCAUAGUGUCUGCUCUGUGGAGUGCUUUGAGGUUCAGAGUUGGAGCUUCCAUUAGAUGGCUAUAGGCAUAGAGAUCCAAUUAAUAACAUAACAUUCGAGGAAUCUAUAGGAAGUCUUCAGAAAUCACUGGAUUCCCACUCCUGGUUGUUGACAAUGUGAUUUCAAUCAUAUUGAAAUGUAUUUUUAAAUAACUGUAUGUCCGUAGAUGUAUCUUAUUAUUCUGUUCUAUUACAUGUGUGGGAUGCUAGCACCCCCUACUGUAUGUAACCCCUUUUCAUGUGUACAUGGUAGUCUCUGAGUGCAUGCCAAAAUAGCACAUUAUUCCUUAUAUAGUGCACUAUUUUGGACCAGAUUUCAUAGGGCCCUGUUGAAAAGUAGUGCACUAAAUAGGGAAUAUGUUGCCAUAUAGGAUGUACUGUGAUUAUUCCCAUAGAGCGAUCACCAUAUUUAUCUCUUCUAAUUUAUACAGUACAGCGCUCAAACCAGACCAUAUUCAGAAUCUCUUCUAAUUUAUACAGUACAGUGCUCAAACCAGACAAUAUUCAGAAUCUCUUCUAAUUCAAGACAAAGCAAUGCCUGAAUCUUAACACAGUAACUACUUUUUAUUUCAUAUUAUUUUAUGACUGCUCAUGGUGGGGAUUUUUCUGGCUCUGUGAAGCAGUAGACUACCUAUCAAAAUCAGUGUUGGUGUCAAAGUCAUUCAAUUUGUUUCAAAUGGACUUGAACCCGUCGCUAGCUCUUCCCCCAGCUGUCUCUCUGUGUUCAUUAGGCAUAAAACUGGAGAAAACGUUUUUAAAACAAAUGGGCUUUCUAAUUGCAUGUUUCAAAAUGUUUUUUUUUACCAUUUUCUGCAUUCUGAACAUAGACUUGUGACAUACAGAGCUGUGGUCUUUCUGUGUAAAUCAGUGAGUGUCCACUUGAGGGCUGUAUCAUAGCAGGAUCACUAACAGAUAGGCCUACAGCCGGGGCGUAUUCAUUACGUCGGUUCGGUUUGAAAAAUAAUCAACUGUAACGGAAGCAAACGAAACUGGGCGGGGCCUACCUGAACUUGUCUAAUAGAAACUCUUGUUUUUCGUUGCAAAACGCAGCUGUUUGGAUUAAUGAUUAGAACCGCAGCUCUUGAUUGUCUGGCUCAUUUAAAAAGCUAAGAGUUGUUGGGACUGUCAAGUCCGUUAUAGCAUGCCCGUUUUAAAAAGCUAAGAGUUGUUGGGACUGUCAAGUCCGUUAUAGCAUGCCCGUUUCUUAAUGUUGGAAAGAUAUUUCUGAUCGUGUAGGAACGUGUGUUGCCUGACCCACUGAUCCUGCUUUGUGAUACAGCCUUGUGUUUUCAUGUUUACAGCAGCAGGAUGCUGGAGGGUAACACAGAGGGGUAACAGAGGUUAACACAACACAGAGAGAGGGGUAACACAGAGGGGUAACACAGAAACCUCAAACAUUGUAUUGACACAGUAACAUAGUUAGGUUACUGUCCUCCAGCCAGCUCUCUGUCUCUCUCUGUCUCUGUCUCUCUCUCUCUCUCUGUGUCUCUGUCUCUCUCUGUCUGUCUCUGUCGCUCUCUGUCUCUCUCUCUCUGUCUCUCUGUCUCUCUCUCUCUCGGUCUGUCUCUGUCUCUCUCUGUCUCUCUCUCUCUGUCUCUCGGUCUGUCUCUGUCUCUCUCUGUCUGUCUCUCUCUCUCUGUCUCUCUCUCUGUCUCUCUGUCUCUGUCUCUGUCUCUCUCUCUCUCGGUCUGUCUCUGUCUCGCUCUCUGUCUCUCUCUCUGUCUCGCUCUCUGUCUCUCUCUCUCUGUCUCUCUGUCACAGCAAUUAUCCUGCAGAAUGAAGAUAAAAUGACUAUUUAUAAUCUGGCUGAUCAUGCAAUGAGUAUUGGUUACCUUAUUUUGCUAUUGUUAUGGUUGUUUAUUUGAUUUAUAUGUUUUUAACAGACAGACCAUGUUUACUUUGUACUUUAAUGAUUCCCCACAUUCAGAACCAUGAGAGCAGGUAAUGUCACCUGUUAAUACCACUGUUAGAAAAUAAAGGAUAUUCUUUUUCAGAACUG